CCUCGUGUUACUGUUGACUACUCGAAACAUAACCUCAAAAAAACACACUUAACAGAAAAACAGUAAAUAACAGUUCGUCGUAAACCUUCCACAACUUGAAAAGCCUCCAACCAAAAAUGUUACGAAGGCAAGCCCGACUCCGUCGUGAGUACCUCUACCGGAAAUCCAAACAGGACAAGUUGAAAACCAUCCAGGAAAAGAAAGACCAGUUGAAGAAGAGUUUGGAAGAAAACACUCCGAUUCAUCCCGACCUAAGAAAAACGGCUCUUCACUUACAGAGGAAAGCAGAAUGGGAGGAUGCAGGUCCCGAACUCGCCCUGGCGAUGGGCACCGAAAUGGGUGGCACCCUGGGUUCCACUGAGGACGACGAGUACCGAUGGGCCGGCGUCGAAGACCCAAAAAUUGUCAUCACAACCUCUCGGGAUCCAAGCUCCAGGUUGAAAAUGUUCGUCAAGGAACUUCGUCUCAUUUUCCCCAACGCUCAGAGGAUGAAUCGAGGUAAUUACGAAAUGAAACAACUCAUGCAUGCCUGCAGGGCAAAUGACGUGACGGAUUUUAUCAUGGUUCACGAGCAUCGAGGAGUUCCUGACUCCCUCGUUAUCUGUCAUCUUCCUUACGGACCAACUGCUUAUUUCACCAUGUCUGGAGUCGUCAUGCGACACGACAUUCCGGAUAUCGGAACAAUGUCCGAGCAAUAUCCACAUCUCGUUUUUCACAAUUUCAAAACGAGACUGGGCAAGAGGACGAUGGAUAUUUUGAAAUAUUUGUUUCCGGUUCCGAAAGAGGACAGUAAGAGGGUCAUCACUUUUGCUAAUCAUGAUGAUUAUAUUUGCUUCCGGCAUCAUACAUUCACCAAAGUAAAUGGAAGGGAUAUUGAAAUGACUGAAGUGGGCCCGAGGUUUCAGUUGAAACUUUACGAAAUCAAAUUGGGUACUCUGGAUACUGUUUCUGCUGCUGAAACUGAAUGGGCUUUGAGGCCUUACAUGAACACGAGUCACAAAAGGAGAUUUUUGUCCGAGGAUGACGGGUGGCAGCAGGAAGAUGAUUUAUAACUGAAGACUUGUACACUUGUAAACUCCUGCUUUUGCAUUUAAUAAACAAUUAUUGUUUUUAUAAUAA